AUGACUGCGGGCGUGCUGGAGCAGCUGGCGGCGGUGGUUGGUCCCGGUCCUGUGGAUGGCGGUGCUGGGAGUGUUCUCAGGGCGCAGAACGGGUCGCUGGCGAGGGAGAACGGGGUUUUGAGGGGCAAACUGCGCGAGUUGGAGGCCCGGGUGGUGCAACUUGUGAGGGAGAACUUUAUUGUCGAGAGGGACCGUGUGCGGCUGCGCCGCAUGCUGGAGAAGAAGUUCGAUGAAAUUUUGGAGCUAUGUGAAGGAGUUGAGCACAAGAACACCGAUGAUACACCUCGUUGCACAAACAAGCUUGUCACAGAGAGACGGAGACGGCGACAGUCGACGUUUGUGGUCGCUGAGGAAUUGCCGGCGGGAACGAGUUCGGUAAAGGUUCCCGUCUUUAAAGAUACAGACAUAGAAUCGGCGAAUGUUUCUUCGACAGUAGAACACCAGGAGACUGCUGUCAAGGAUACACCUAAGAAGACCACUUCGAAUGCUGCUAAGAAUACAGCUACGAAUGAUACUUCGAAAGUCACUUCGAAUGGACCUGCGAAUACCACUUCGAAGACCACUUCAAAUGAACCUGCGAAUACCACUUCGAACAUUCCCAAGAGCACUGCCGCUGACGCUGGCAGUGCUCUUGGCAGUGCUCUUGGCGGUGAUUCUCCCCGGAAACCCCGUACAAGGGGCAGACACGUAAGCUACAAACUGCCCUCGCUACGCUGCAAGAUGCGUAGGCCCUCUGAGUCCCUAGUAGAUGCCACGACAACCGUGGAUAUAAAUGCUCUUGCAGUGUACAACACAGCAGAAGAGGCUGCAGAGGCAACGGAUAAAGUGCCCCCGGUACUCGCUGAUAUCACGAAUAAACGUACAGCUACACAACCUGAGGGGACGACCACCACGUUGAAGAAGCACAAGAAAAAGAAGAAGAGGAAACUGUUCAGCGGUGGGAUUGUUAACGACUUGGAAACCUCACAACCACGGCAAGAACUGGGCUCGCUGGACGGGCCCGGUCUCAGGUUCCGCAACGACGAUCUCGCCGUGUUCAAUCUCUUCGAGGGCAACUUCACAGCAACAAGAACCAAGAAAACGUACAGGAGUGCAAACUCCAACAAGAACUACCCUCUGCGGUUAUAA